AUUGAUUCCGGCAAUCGCAGCCCCCCCCCCCCGCCGGGGCGAGGGGCGGGGGGGCCGCUGCCCUCAUCCGCAUCCCCCCCCCGCGGCAGGAGGGGGCGCGGAAGCGGCGGCGGAGGGCGGGGGGCGGGGGGCGGCCGUCGCUGCAGAAGGACCCGGCUCCCUCCAGCCGCCGCGUCGCUCCCGCCGCCGCCGCCGCCGCCGCCGCCGCGGGACUGGCCCAGGUGGCCCAUGGGGUAGCCGUCGGGGCCCGUGGGCAGCGCAGCCCCGCGGGGCCCCGGGGCAGUGCUGAGCCAAGCCAAGCUGUGAGAACGCCAUGGCCGGGCUGCUGGGGCUGCUGCUGGCCUGGCUGGGUGGCUGGGGCUGUGCUGGGCGCCUGGCAUCACCCUGGGGGGGUGAGCGCCCCCUGCCCCGCGCCCGUCGCAGCUGGGUUUGGAACCAGUUCUUCGUCAUUGAGGAGUAUGCUGGCCCCGAGCCCGUCCUCAUCGGCAGGCUGCACACAGACGCAGAUCGGGGUGAAAACCGCAUCAAGUACGUGCUGUCGGGGGAAGGCGCCGGCACUGUCUUUGUCAUCGACGAGCACACGGGCAACAUUCACGUGACCAAGACGCUGGACCGGGAGGAGAAGGCGCAGUACACGCUGCUGGCCCAGGCCCUGGACCGUGCCUCCGGCCGCCCCCUCGAGCCACCCUCUGAGUUCAUCAUCAAAGUGCAGGACAUCAACGACAACCCGCCCGUCUUCCCCCAGGGGCCCUACCAUGCAACUGUGCCCGAGAUGAGCAAUGUGGGGACGUCGGUGAUCCAGGUGACGGCCCAUGAUGCAGAUGAUCCCACCUACGGGAACAGUGCCAAGCUGGUCUACACUGUGGUCGAGGGGCUGCCCUUCUUCUCCGUGGACCCCCAGACCGGUGUGGUGCGCACGGCCGUGCCCAACAUGGACCGGGAGGUCCAGCCCGAGCUGCGCGUUGUCAUCCAGGCCAAGGACAUGGGCGGCCAUGCGGGUGGGCUCUCAGGGAGCGUUACCGUCACCGUCACCCUGAGCGACGUCAACGACAACCCGCCUAGGUUCCCACAGAGCUCAUACGAGUUCUCGGUGCCUGAGACAACAGUGCCGGGGGCGGCCGUGGGGCGGGUGCGGGCACUGGACCCCGACGAGGGCCCCAAUGCGCAGCUCAGCUAUCGGCUGCUGGAUGGUGGUGCUGCCGGGCCCUUCACCAUACGCACUGAUGCCCGUGGCCAGGAUGGCGUCCUCACCCUCACACAGCCCCUGGACUUCGAGACACGCCGUUCCUACAGCUUCCGGGUGGAGGCCAGCAACACACAGCUAGACCCACAGCACCUGCGCCACGGCCCUUUCAAAGAUGUGGCCACAGUGCGCGUGGCUGUGGAAGAUGCCGAUGAGCCACCCGCCUUUGCCCGCCCGGCCUAUCGCCUGGCCCUGCCUGAGGACAGCCCGCCCGGCGCCUUGGUGGGCCAGGUCAGCGCUGCUGACCCCGAUGUCCCUGGCAGCCCCAUCCGCUACUCGAUUGCACCACACUCGGACCCCGACGGCUUCUUCCACAUCGGCCCCCAGGAUGGUGCCAUCCGCAUAGCGCGGGGGCUGGACCGUGAGGCCCGCGCCUGGCAUAACCUCACCGUGCUGGCCGCACAGCUCGACAGCCCGUCGCAGGCCUCCCCGGUGCCCGUGGCCAUCGAGGCUCUGGAUGUGAAUGACAACGCACCACAGCUGGCCCCAGACUACGAGCCCUUCGUGUGUGCCAGCACUGCGCCUGGACAGCUGAUCCAGACCAUCCGUGCGCUGGACCCAGACGAGGAUGGGGCCACGCGGGUGUCCAUCCGGGCAGUGCCAGGGCCUGGCCCCACCGACAUCACUGUGCGGGACAACAAGGAUGGGACAGCAGCGCUGGUGCUGGGCGCACGGGGCCUACGGCGCACAGGGUCAGGGCCCCUGCUGGUGCGGCUGGAGCUGGCAGAUGGUGGCCAUCCCCGACACACAAGCUCAGCCACCCUCACCCUGCGUGUGUGCCGCUGCCAGGGGCCCCCCCGCGCCUGUGCCCCCGCUGCGCCUGCCGCCCCUGGACUCAGCACCGCCGCCCUGUUGGCCAUCCUCGCUGCCACCACCGCGUUGCUGGGCCUGGUGGGGCUGUUUGGGGCGCUGCGGCGGCGCAAGCCGGGGGCACGGGCGGUGCCAGAGGAUGAGGACGUGCGUGAGAAUAUCAUCAGCUAUGACGACGAGGGCGGAGGCGAGGAGGACACCGAAGCCUUCGAUAUGGCCGCCUUGCAGCAUCCGCCGGGGGGCCGCUGUGACAUGCGGCCACGAACCCCCGGCCCCGCACCCGCCCCUCGGCCCGGUCCGGCCCCCCGCCAUGUGGCUGGGGCGCUGGCGGCGCGGCUGGGUGUGGUGGAUGCGGAUCCCUGGGCACCGCCCUAUGACUCGAUCCAGGUGUAUGGCUAUGAGGGUGCUGGCUCGCCCUGUGGCAGCCUCAGCCCCUUGGGCUCGGCCUGCGGUGACAGUCCUGGUGACGACCCUGCCCGCGACCCCGGCGAUGAUCCUGACGAUGACUGGGGACCGCUCUUCCGCACCCUGGCCGAGCUCUACGGCAGCCAUGAGGGGGGCACCCGCCCCUAAUGGCCGCCACGGGCCAGGCCACACCCAGUGUCUGACCACACCAAGCAGGUCAUGCCCACUGCUAGGUCAUGUCCAUCGUCUGGCCACCUCAGACAGGCCACGCCCAUUGUCUGACUGCAUCUGUCAGGCCACGCCCAUUGCCUGGCCACCUCAGACAGGCCACGCCCACCAGGCCAUGCACAUUGUCUGACCACACCUGAUAGGCCAUGCCCCUCAGGCCACACCCAGUGCCUGACCACACCGAAUAGGGCAUGUCCACUGGGCCAUGCUCAGCACCUGCCCACACCGAGCAGGCUGUAGCCACUGGGCCACGUCCAUUGCCUGGCUACUCUGGAGAGGCCAUGCACAGAAGGCCACACCCAUUGUCUGGCCAAAUCUGGCAGGCCAUGCCCACCAGGCCACACAUGGCAGGGCAUGCCCACAAGGCCAUGCCUAUCAUCUGGUCACCCGAAGUAUGCCACAUCCAUCAUCUGGACGGCUGUGCUCCUAAGGCCACACCCAUUUUCUGGCCAAGCCAAUCAGCCUGCCACCUGACUACACACAACCAGGCCACAGCAUCACCUGACCACAUGCAACAGGUCCCACCAAACUCCUAAUUGCACCAAACAGCCACGGCUCUGCCACAGACCACACCCCCGCCCUGCCCGUCAUUCACCGAGCCCAUGCCCCACACCCAGGCCAAGCUGCUCUCCCAUAACAGUACACUGCCACCAGGUCCCACCCCCUAGGCCACAGAUCCCCCACAGACCACAUGGGACAGGCCAUGCCCUUCUGCUGGCCACGCCCCCUCCCUGGCUACAUUUGCACAGAUCACCUGAAAGAAGCCACGCACCCGAAAUCUCUGCUCUGCCUCCUGGCCUGGCCACGUGGGCCAUCCCCCUAUCCAGGCCCAGCUCCACCAAACAGGCCACACCCCUUUCCAGGUUCUGCUCCUCCCCCCAGAGACCCAGGAGGCAGGGGGAGGGGCCGGGAGGGGUGAGACAUCCCAUCCAUGGGGGAGGGCGGGAUCAUGUUAUAAUUUCGUAAUAAACACUUUAUUUUGUAAA